AUGACACUGCCACCUGUGGAGCUCAAUGAGGGUGGGAUGACACGGCGUCAUUACCUUGUGGAGCGCAACCGGAUCCGACGCGAGCGUUACGCGCCGGUGCUACGCGCCCUUGAAGAGGAGGACCGCCGCAGCGCGUUGGCCCGUGAGGCCGAGCGCGCGCUCUGGGGGAAGCCCACCCCACCAAAGCAGACGACGCAAGCGGAGAGACCCCUCCCGGGCGGCGGCCCACGCUCGGCGCGGAUGCGCGCGACGGAGGGCCAGCGAGGGGUGAACAUAUACCUCCGCGAGCGCGAGGAGGCUGCGCAGAAGAAGGCCGCGUACAACCGACUCUACAACGCCGACAUGAAGGAGCAGCUCGCGCUGCGGGAGGCCACGCUGGGGAAGAUGAAGGCGGAUGAGGCCCAGCAGAUGACGGCUCUCCGCGAGCUCAACGAAGAGGCGGACCGCCUGGCCUCCGAGGAGGCCCUCCGUGCGAUCGAGGCGGAUAAGGCUUGCAUGCGGCGCAUGCGCGAAGUGAAUCUCAGCGAACUUGAAAAGCGCCGACAGGCCGCCGCUGAGCGCGAAAAGCAGGAUCUUGAGCUUAUGCGAAUGGUAGAUCAGAACCUUUCUCACCGUGAUAAGGUUGAUGCCUGGCAGACGAAAAACUUUACCCUAGCGCUGAAGAUCCAAAACGAGAACGCGCACAGGGAAUCCAUGAAAUGGGCAAAUCGAACCAAAUCCCUGAAUGAGAAAGAGAUGGCAGCCAUUAUGGAGCGCGAUAAGCGUCUUCUAAAGGAGGAGCAAGAUGCGAAUGAAGCGAAGAAACGGCUUUUCCGGAAGGAGUUUGACGAAAGUGUCGCGCGGGAUCAGGAAUAUCGCCUGAAGCAUAACUACGACGAGCCGAAAAGUGUCACCCGUCAGCGUAAUGAGCUUGCGGCGGAAUCUUUUAAGCUCAUCCAGUAUGAAACGCGCCACAAGCUAAUGGAAAACAAGAAGCAGUAUAGAAACGACCUUAUGCAACAAAUAGAUGAGAAACAAAAGUAUCAGAUCACCCAUUUGGAUGAGGUUUAA